AUGAAUGGGGACUUGAGUCUUUCUCAGGCCCUCGGUGGGCUGCGAAUAGCCAAUCCUGACGAUGCCGCCGAAGCGUCUCACUCCCCUGCGUCCCCUGAUUCUACGCCAGCCUUUGUGCCAACAGCCCCAUCCGACCGCGACGCAAUACCAUCUUCAAGUGUCGUCGAUCCCGAACCCAGCCGAUUCAGAUCCUCCAUCUACGACCUCGCCCUGGGCGGUGCCGGGUCCGCGUCCACUGGUCUCGCGCGUCUGUCUCCGGAGUGCAUUCAACCAGACGGACAAGGCCUUCCUCAACUGGCCCACGAUGAAUUCUUACCACUGGGUCACGGCAACUCCCUGCCUCCACGGGGAAGCUCCAGGGGCGCGAGAGGAGAAAGCCAGGCGUGCAGUUCGGUUCCAGUCCGCAACCAGAGCACAUCGCUGGGUGGGCCGGUGCCGCUGCCCACCUCCAGCGAGGAGUGGAAGGACCGAGGAGCCGCCGUUGGUGUGCGUCGUGAGGUGGACUCGAGCGGCCGAUCGAUCGUUCGACAGGUCAAGAAAGGCGUCAGGGACUUUUCCUUUGGCCGCAUCCUGGGCGAGGGCUCUUACAGCACCGUCUACUUGGCUACCGACCGGCAGACCCUCAAGGAGUAUGCCGUCAAGGUACUCGAAAAAAGGCACAUCAUCAAGGAGAAGAAGAUCAAGUACGUCAAUAUCGAGAAGAACACGCUCAAUCGUCUCACCGAGCACCCUGGCAUCGUUCGGCUUUACUACACCUUCCAGGACGAAACCUCACUUUACUACGUACUCGACCUCUGCAAUGGCGGGGAGCUGUUAGGCGUGUUGAAGAAGACCGGAACAUUUGACGUCGAGUGUGUGAGAUUCUAUGGCGCCCAGAUCCUCGACUCCAUGGAAUACAUGCACUCGCGUGGUGUUAUUCACCGUGACAUCAAGCCCGAAAACGUGCUUCUGGAUGAUCAAAUGCACGUCAAAAUCACCGACUUUGGAACUGCGAGGCUGUUGAGGGACCCACGCGAGCCCAGGGGCCCGGACAGCACUGAGCGAGGAUUGUCAGACUCGGAGAAGCGGGAGGAGCAAGACGACAGCCGCGCCGCGUCAUUCGCGAGCGACCUGUGGGCCUUUGGAUGCAUAAUCUAUCAGCUACUCGCCGGAAGACCGCCGUUCAAGGCUGGUAGCGAGUAUCUGACUUUUCAGAAAAUCGUGAAUCUCGACUACGAGUUCCCCCAGGGCUUCCCUCCUUCAGCUCGGGACCUCGUUGAGCGGUGUCUGGUUCUCGAUCCAGCCAGGAGACUUACCAUUGAGCACAUCAAGAACCACGAAUUCUUCCAGGGUCAACAAUUUGGGAAAGGAUUGUGGCGAACCAAAGCGCCAAGACUACGGUCAUACAAUCCACCUGCACCCGAGCCGUCCAUUAUCCAGCUGAAUGGUCUGUCGGGAGGAGGCGCAGCCCCUCCCAAUGGGCCAGCGUCUCGUCCACCGCAUCAUCUCCAAGCGAGCACCUCUGGUGGAAACGGUCGCCCCUCGCGCAUCAUCACGGAACUACCGCCCCCAACUCAAUUGGACAUUGAGUGGUCGCCCGUGUUGACCAAAAACAACGAACGAAUCCUUAAGCUCGGCGACUUGAUGGUCAUCUCAACCCCGCUGAACAAUGCGCUCAGAGGGCCCGAGGAGGGCCACAAGAAGCUUUCUCGCUUCUUCGGAGGCAGUACGACCAAGAAGAGGCAGAGGCUGGUGAUGAUUACGUCGAGUGGCCGUAUCGUGCUUGCGCCUGCGGGAGGGGAGGAGAAGAGAGCAAAGCAGGAACUGUCGCUUCUGUCGCCGGAUUGCUCUUGGAGAAGCCAACGCGACGCCCGGGGGCAGCUCGUGUGGUGCGUUGAUACGGGCGGCCAACACUAUACCUUUGAGGAGCUCAAGGCGUCAUCAAGCCCAGAGGGCAUGCGCAGUUCGGUUGACGAUUGGAUUGAAUGCCUGGAAAAGGCAAGAGACCUAGCCAUGUCGGCCAACGCAACGUCACAGGGCAACGACGACGCAUUUGCCGAGAUGCCUUCGACGGUGUCGAGCCCCGCAAGCACAUUGGGGAGUCGGGCAAACCAUGGCGAAGCAUAUGGCCUCAACGACAGGCCCCCUCGCAAUCAUCUCAGCAAAACGCAGGGGGGCCUCGAGGAUAAUGGCGUCAGGCGGAACCGCUUCAGCAAGCGGCAGUCCAGGAACGGGGUAGGACCCGCAUUCUAG